AUGGAUCCGCCUUUCCUCAAGGUUGUCCUUCUAGGCGACUCUGGUGUGGGAAAGACGUGUCUACGCUCUCAAUUCGUUCACCAUGUCUUUACCAAUGCCUACAAAGCCACAAUUGGAGGCGACUACUUGACCACCAGCGUCAGCAUUCCCAAGCAUAGCAUAGGUAAUGAAGCCUUUGUUGAAACAGAACAGGGCUCGACCUCCAUGAAAGUGAAUCUUCAAGUGUGGGACACUGCUGGCCAGGAACGUUUCAAUUCGAUCUCUCAGGCUUUCUAUAGGGGCGCCGAUGUCUGCAUUCUUGUGUAUGACGUGACCAACUACGAAUCUGUGCUAAGUAUACGAGACUGGUUCUCCAGAUUUAAGGAACAUUGCAAGGUGGACAAGCCAGGCGUGGUACUAGUUGGCAACAAGAUAGACAGAGAGAACGACAGAUGCAUCGAUAAGGAUGAAAUCCAGGAGGUUCUUUGCCGUAACAACCCGAAGGUGAAUCUUGACGAUUACAUUGCUGAUUGGGACACCGACUUGUUGGAAAUUUCAUGCAAACAGCUUCUGCUUGUGGAGCUGGUCUUCAAGCGUGCUGCCUCUAUUGGGGUGCAGUUACCCAGCGGGAGAAGACAAAGCGUCACGGGCUUCGAGUCGAUCGAAUUGAACAAAAUACGAAGAGGCUCCUGUGCUUGCUAA